AUGGCGCCUGCCAGCCCCGUCGUUCAGCAGAAUGGCGCGGCCAAGAUAAAGCGGCCAGUUCCCCCUGGCAUUCAAACAAAUGGCAUCACGUCGUCGAAUUCAUCGCCGUCGCCUUCCAUGUCGGCUAAGAAACCCCCCUCAAGCGCGAAACAGGCCCCGAACUCGGCCAGCGAUAGAUCCAUCACCGCCUCCACCGUUCGCCCAGUCAAUCGGGCGCGCCGCGAAACAUCAUCCCAGGCACCAGGUAGGAACUCGAGAAACAGCGCAGGCAUGCGUACCGGCUCGUUUUCUGCGGGUGCUGGUGCCCAGGAUGAUGGUCCUCUUCCCUAUGAUGUUACCCCUCAAUAUAUCUUGAGAAAGCACAGGGGCAAGCCUCCCUCGUUGGUAGUCCACAUGCAUGCUGCCCACUUCCGAUUCGAUGGACAAGAAGGAACGUUUCCCUAUAAAUCGCCGAUGGGGAAGUUCGUCGAACACCUGAGAGCACGCACUAUACCGCACGAUCUUCUCUGGCAUUUCAUCGACGCCAACGUUCCGUUCUACGACGGCUGUCUCAUUGUCCAAAUUCAUGAUCACAAGUCCCUUGCGCAGACAACCAAAGCCGUCACCAAGGCUUCACCGACAUCCAAUGCCGUGGUGCCUUCUUCUAUUCAUAACUACAAUCAGUGUCUAACGCCCUCCCCGUACGUGCCAUUUCCAAAAGAAGAACAAAGCUCGGAAAAUGGCGUGGCAGGGACCAAGGAUGCCGAGAGUUCGAAGGAGAAGCAGGAAGAAGACAAGGAUAAGGACAGCAUGCCUGCUCCAUCACAACCAUUGGAAUCUACGACGGCCAAGGAGGCAGCGAAGCCCAAGAUUUUCACCGCCGUGUUGCACCCCACUCCAGAGUCUCUGCAAAUGGAUCUCAAGAUAAAGGCUUCCACGCCAAGGGGGGACGGUAAGGGAGUCAAUGACACACCGUCACUUGCACCGCCGUCGACCCCUUUGUCCCUUGUUCCGCCAACGCCAACCGUUGGCAGCAUGCCGCCACCUGCCAUCAAGCGCCAAAAGAAGGAGAAGAUGGAAUUGGACAACAGUUCGAUAUAUGCGGUCGAGGGACAAAUUCUUUUGGCGACAACUGCGCCGUUAAUGCUGGAGCCAACUCGGAAUGCCGAAGAGACUAUUCUUUUACUAGAAAUGAUGGCGCAUCCGAAUCAUUCUGAGCCUCCUCCGCAACCUAAGACUCGUAAGAGAACAGUUGCUGAGAUGGCUGCUGAUGAGGCUGCCGCCGCCGAUCAAGAACGAUACAUGCUUGUCCUGGAUGACAGGCUCUCGGGGAACACCUCUGGUGCUCCAGGUGCUGGUGCAACAGAUGGUGAAGCACAGACGAACGCAGCCACCUUCGAGCCGAGGUUCGAGAGAUUUAAGGUUAUAGAGAGCAUUAAGCGUGAUCAUGCGGAGAAGAAGGAACAGGAGAAGAUCAAACAGCAAGAGAACGACCGACGCCUGCAGCUUCAGCGGCAAGAGCAAUUGUUGCAGGCUCAGAGACAACAGGCAGAAGCGGAGCGUCAAAGGCGUGAGGCUGCUCUCAGGGAGAACCAGAUGCGACAAGAAGCACAACGGCAACAACUGGCACAACGCAAUGCUACUGCAGCGGCCGCAGCUCAGAGCCAACAGCAACAACAAGCCCAACAGGCAGCUCAGCAGCAGCAGCAGCAACAGCAACAGCAGCAACAGCAACAACCACAACCCCAACAGGCUCAAGCCCAGCAGACACAGCAUGCCCACCCCGUUCAGAACGGUAUGACCGGCAACAUGCCGAAUGGCGUCCCGGCCGGUGGACAGAAUGCCGUGGCUAAUACCAUGCAAGCAGCCGCACAACCUCGCUUCCCGGCACAAAUGGCGCAAGCUGCAGCAGCUUCUUCUCCUGUGAUCCGACAAGGAACACCACAAAAUAUGUCCUCACCAAUGGUGGGCAGUGUACCCAUGCAGCAAACUAACUCCAACAUGGCGACGAGUCCUCCUCGACCACCAUCUGUCGUUCAGAACAGCCAGAUGUCGGUCCCGAUGGCACAUAAUAUGUCUGCCAGGGGCAGUCAACAGAGCCAUCCUUCCGGUACUCCCCGCCUGCCGAACUCGACACCCAAUAUGCCACAUGGUACACCUAUCAACCGACAAGCCAUGGCGGCCACUCCACGCAUGUCACAAGCUAGCCCUCCUCCAAAUAUGAUGGCACAGAAUUCUCAGAUGAGCCAGGCCCAGGCCAUGAUGAUGAAUCAGCAGGGUAUGAACCAACACAACCCGCAAAUAUUUGCGCAAAUGGCGGCGCAACAACGGGCGAUUGCAGCACAGCAGCAGAUGGCAGCUAUGCAAAAUGGAGGCGCCAACGCGGGCAUGAACCCCCAGGGAUUCUCACCCCAGCAACAUCAAGUGAUGCAAAUGAUGCAGAGGCAGUUGAUGUUACAGCAGCAGCAGCAACAACAACAACAAGCUCAGCAACAGCAACAGCAGCAACCCCAGCAGCAGGCAGGCAUGAUGACCCCUCAACAGCAGCAGCAGCUUGCUCAGCAGUAUGCGCAACUACAACAGAAUAUGCAAGGCAAUCAAAUGCGGCAGAUGACACCACAGAUGCAGGCACAGAUUCAGCAAAUGGCACGCAUGGGACAGAUGGGUAACCCAAUGCAGAGACAGGUCAGCGGACAGAUGAUGAACGGUAACAACGCAAAUAUGCAAGCGUUUGCAGCUAUGCAGUUACAACAGCAACAACAACAAGCACAGCAGCAACAGCAGCAGCAGCAGCAACAACAACAACAUCAUCCACAACAACAGGGCCAGCCUCAACCACAACAAAUGAGUGCCAAUCCUAUCCAAGCGCAGAUACAGAUGAAUGCUCGGCAGAUUUAUGCCCGGUUGAUGCAGGGUGCAGUUGCCAAGUUUGGCAGUGCUGAAAAUGUGCCACAGGAGACACUUGACAAGAUGAAGCAGAACUCAUUCCUGCAAGCCCAGCAGAUGAUUCAACAGACAGUGAUCCAACGACGGGCACAACAACAGCAAAUGAUGCUGCAACAACAACAGCAGCAGGCUGCCAUGCAGGGGAUGGGCGGCAUGAUGGGACAUCAAGGCAUGUAA